AGUUGCAGUGCUUCAAAAGACAGUAAUAAGGGCUCCAAAUUUCUCCAUACAAGAGGAGAAUUGUAUUGUUCUUUGCCUAAGCCUAGGAAUGUCCAUUUUGAAUCUAUAAACAUGAAGAAUGUCCUACACUGGUCAGCACCAGAAGGCAUAGGAGAUGGAGUACUCUACAAGGUGAAGUAUUCAGUGUAUGGUAUUGGCAAAUGGAUUAAGAAGUCAGAAUGCAGGAAUAUCAGCAGAACAUGGUGUGACCUCUCCAGUGAAACGUCUGACUACGAAGAACAAUAUUAUGCGAGUGUUAAAGCCUUCCGACGUGGAAUGUGCUCUGACUGGAUGGAGACGACACGAUUCAACCCGCUUACAGAUACUAAAAUUGAUCCACCCACGGUAAGCAUAUCUUCUACGGAAAAAUCUAUUUCAGUCAUUCUGACUGCUCCUGAGAAAUGGAAGAGAAGUCCCGAGGGAGAGUCCGUAUCUCUGGUUCAGGUAUAUCCUGGCCUGCAAUACAAUGUGUCUGUCCUCAACAAAAAAACAAAGAAACGGUGGUGGUUCUCUGUCAGCAACAACACCUUGGUUGUGCCCUGGUUAGAACCUGGAACAGCUUAUUGUGUCAGCGCACAGAUACAUGUCACCACACCACUUUUAAACAGUGGGUUUUCCAAAGAACAUUGCAUUGCUACUUUGAAAGAUAAAACAGCAGAUCAGACUAUAACAAUCCUAUUUGGAUAUGUUCUGCCUAUCAUUCUGGCUGUCCUUUUUAUUUCAAUGGCAUGCUAUUGUGUGCACAGGUAUAUUCAUGUCAGCGAACAGAAACAUCCAACAAACCUGGUAUGGCACUAUACUGAUAAAUGCAAGGAAAGGGUUUUUAUACCUUGUGAAAAAAUAGUGGUCAAUCUUAUCGCUCUUAAUGUGGAUGAGUACAAGCCAUCUCAGGAAUCCAUUCAUCCAUCAGAGGGGAAAAGUCCUCAUUAUUAUACUGUUUACAAUGGCACUGAAGGGAAGGAUUUGCCUCCAAAAGAAGUGCUAGAAACAAAACAGUUGCUUGAUAUUUCACAUGCAGUGGAUAUUUUCUCAAAACAAGACCAAACUAGGAACUGGCCAUCUUAUGGCCAGGCUGGAACUAAGAAUACUUUGAGCCAAAAAAAUGAAGGGAAUAUAGAGUAUGAACUGGAUGUAAGGGCUGAAGACUUCAGUCCUGGUCAGAAACUAAUGGAACUCUGUUUGAAAGAGAAGUCUUCUGCCCCUAGGGAACUGCUAGGUGAGCCACACCUGGUGGAGGGCUUUGAUGAUAUUAAAGUAAGGCAGCCAUAUUGCCCUCAACUUGAGGUGAGGGCAGCAGAUCCUUGUUUGGGACAGAAACUAGAGGAACUUAAUUUGAAGGUGGUUCCUGCAGAUAAAUUGCUGGAUGGGGCACAUAUCAACUUGGUGGACUUGGAUACUAAAAAAUCUGGGCAGACAUCCUAUCCUCCGCUGGAAACAAUAGCACAGAGCCUCCAGGAUCCAGCUGCAUCAAAGGACACAGAGAAAGAGAAUGAACAGACCAUAUUAGUAGAUUGGGAUCCUCACACUGGAAGACUGUACAUUCCUACUUUGUCCGGUGUUGAAAAUGAGACAUGUGAAGCCUCAUUUCAGUGUGGUGAUCCUGACAAAGAGGGAAUUUUUUCCAGACUGUAUGAGAAACAGGUAUCUGAUGAGGCAUCAGAGGACCAAGAAAUGUAUCUUCUACAAUUCAAGGAACAAUGGGAACUGCAUGUAAAAAUGGAAGAUUGAACAGUAGUUUUCUAAAAUGUUAUAAAAUGCAAAAUCUUGUUGCACUGUCAGAGAGAAUGAUGGACUCAGUGGAGCAAAUGCAUCUUCAUGUUUAGAACUGUCACACUGAUAGAACAGUCAAGAGUUUGGGAUAUAGCUUCUUCACCCUGAUCUCCAUCCACCCUUAUGCUCUCCCACCCUACACACACAGUCCUGAUGUUAUCUUACAACAUUCUCUCAAUUGUCAGUCGAACAACUUAUUCAUGAUACGUUAUUUAUAACAAUUUCUAGCAGUCUUAUAACUGAUUUCAACUCCCAUCAAAAACCUUCCAGGUAAAAUACAAUGGUUAUGAAAUUAUCUUUUUUUAAAAAAAUUAUUUUUACGGAAAACACUGUUAGGAUUGUUAUGGUGUAAUUCUUUUUAGCAAAUAAAAAAAAGAAAGCUUUUUCUCUCCGAGCUCUCUGAGCGCACAAUAAUGCAAUAAAACCAGGUUUGGAACAGAAGGGAACCUAGAAUAUCUUCUGCCCCGAAGAUUCUUACAGCCAUGGGAGAUUUCACUGGGAUAUUGGGUGUUUCAUCUAUGUUGACAUAACGUAGUCCUUUCUAGGUCUCACUUCUGCUGCUUGUAAUGGUUAAAGCGCACUUUUGUGGAAGCUAAUACAUUCCACUA